AUGUACAACAACCGCGAGAACAUUACGUCGGAAAGUUUCUCUAGUGCGGAUACGUCGUUGCCACUGAACGAUGCCGAAAUCCGACUCAAUGUUUCGGUAUCGCAAUUGGAGAAACGCGGAAAGAUGAAGCACACCGAAAUUGAGACCUUCUUGACGAUUCAUAGAAAGAGUUUGAGCAAAGAAGAGUACGUGAUCGUGCAUCGAUCUCCGAAACUAAUGAAAGUGAGCGUGACGAGUCUGCAGAAGUUCCCUGAAAUCGUCAUUCCGCGAGAGAAACUUCUUGGUGGCGCUAACGACCGAUUGCUUCGAUUCUCACUUCGAAAUGCUGCAAACGGAGCCACAAUUGGUGAGGCAGAGGUCUACUAUUCGCAGUUGAUCAACGAUGGAAAAAUCAGUCUAAAGGUAAUCAGUUCGAAAUAUGAUCAUUUAUUAUUUUAG